AUGACUGACCGGUACGGCCACCCAAGGCAGAGCGUCUUCAACCGGCGCCAUGUCUCAGCAACCGCCAGUGUCUCCUACUCCUCCACCACCUCUACCUCCCAGCAGCACGCCUCUCACCUGCCGCCGCCGGGCAAUCCAAACGUGCCCGCGCUCCCAGGCCAACAGCCGUCCACUGCGACGGGCCGCCGCAAGAUGUUUACAAGCCAGCUCACGCGGCGGCCCCCACCGGGUAGGCAUGGCGGGGCUUUGGGGCGAGGCAUGAGUGUAGACGGUCUUGGCGGAGAUGAUGAUGAGGACGGAGAGACCAUGGUAGUGGAGGAUGACGAUGACGAUGAAAUUGUCGUGCGCGAUCACAAUGGCGAGGUGGCGCUUGACGAGCCACCGAACUUGGUGGUGGAUCAUCCCGACGAGACUGUGUUGGAUAUGAGGCAGGAGAACGAGAGGGAGAGGCAGAGGCUUGCUGAUGCGGUCAAACAACAUCAGAGUGAGCAGAACAGCGUCCCUGCUCAGCCUGAGGGCAGUCAGGGCAAGUCUACGCGCCAAAGUGGCAGCCCUAGCGGAAGAUAA